GCCCUGCGCCGGCCCCGACCCGCACCGGCCGCUCGGCCCCCUGGGCCUCGCAGCCUCGUCCCUCGCCGCUCCCGGAGCUUCUUCCGGUACUCUGGGCGCGCCCGAGCCCUCGCUGCUCCGCCAGCCCCGCUCCGGGAACGCGGGCCCUGCACCGGACUCCUUCGCCCACCCCGCGACCCUGCACCGGGACCCGGGAGCCCGCUCCGCGCCCGCCUUCCCCGCGCUCCGCACGGCGGAGGCUCCCCCCGAGACCCUCGCCCGCCCGUCGGUGCCGGUGCGGCCAUGGCCGGCGGCGGGACGCGGUCGCGGUUCCGGAGCGUGUGCGGGACCAGGUGAGCCACCGGCAACGGAGGCACCGGAGACACCGGGGCUGCGCCAGCGGCAAGCCGAGAGGCGUCCCAGCGGGCCAUGGCGGCACAGGCCGAAUACCGACGCCUGGACGAUGUGGAGGAGGACUCGCCCCCCGGCGAGGAGGAGCUGCUGCUGCAUGUCACCGAGGGGCUGCAAGACUCCUGGCACCACAUCAAGAACCUGGAUAAUUUCUUCACCAAGAUCUACCACUUCCACCAGAAGAACGGCUUUGCCUGCAUGAUGCUCUCCGACAUCUUUGAGCUGGUGCAGUUCCUGUUCGUCGUCACCUUCACCACGUUCCUGCUGUGCUGUGUGGACUACGACGUGCUCUUUGCCAACCGUCCGGUCAACCAGAGCCACGCCGGGGCCCCGGCUGCCGACCGCGGGAAGGUGACGCUGCCGGAUGCGGUGCUACCGGCCCCGCAGUGUGCCCAGAGGAUCCGUGCCAGCGGCUGGCUCAUCUUCCUGCUGGUGAUGGCGGCUGCCUUCUGGCUGUACCGGCUGGUGAAGGUGCUCUGCAGCCUCCUGAGCUACUGGGAGAUCCGCACCUUCUACAUCAAAGCCCUCAACAUCCCCUCGGAGGGACUGUGCAACUACAGCUGGCAGGAGGUGCAGGCGCGGCUGAUCUCACUGCAGCGCCGGCAGCAGAUGUGUGUGCACAAGAGGGAGCUGACGGAGCUGGACAUCUACCACCGCAUCCUGCGCUUCAAGAACUACACAGUGGCCAUGGUCAACAAGUCACUGCUGCCCGUCCGCUUCCACCUCCCGCUGCUGGGCCCCGUCGUCUUCCUCACCCAGGGCCUCAAGUACAACCUGGAGCUGCUCCUCUUCUGGGGCCCCGGCUCCCUGUUCCAGAACAAGUGGAGCCUGCGGCCGCAGUGCAAGCGUGCGGGCGCGCGGCAGGAGUUGGCACGGCGGCUGGCACGCGCCAUGGUGCUGCUGGGGCUGGCCAACCUGCUGCUCUGCCCCUGCGUGCUGGUCUGGCAGCUGCUCUACGCCUUCUUCAGCUACGCUGAGGUGAUCAAACGGGAGCCGGGCAGCCUGGGCGCCCGCCGCUGGUCCCUCUAUGGCCGCCACUACCUGCGCCACUUCAACGAGCUCAACCACGAGCUGCAGGCGCGGCUCAGCCGUGGCUACAAACCGGCCACCAAGUACAUGAACUCCUUCACCAGCCCGCUGCUCACCGUGCUGGCCAAGAACCUCGGCUUCUUUGCCGGCUCCAUCCUGGCCGUGCUCAUCGUCCUGACUGUCUAUGACGAGGACGUGCUGACGGUGCAGCAUAUCCUCACGGCCAUCACGCUGCUGGGGCUGGUGGUCACUGUGGCCAGGUCCUUCAUCCCUGACGAGCACACGGUGUGGUGCCCGGAGCAGCUGCUGCAGCACGUCCUGGCCCAUGUCCACUACAUGCCUGACCACUGGCAGGGCAACGCCAGCCGGUCAGAGACAAGGAGUGAGAUGGCACAGCUCUUCCAGUACAAGGCUGUCUUCAUCCUGGAGGAGCUGCUGAGCCCCAUCCUCACCCCCCUCAUCCUCAUCUUCGCCCUGCCUGCCCGUGCCCUGGACAUCAUCGACUUCUUCCGCAACUUCACGGUGGAGGUGGUGGGGGUGGGCGACAUCUGCUCCUUCGCCCAGCUCGAUGUCCGCAACCAUGGCAAUCCCCAGUGGCUGUCGGCCGGGCAGACGGAGGCAUCCGUGUACCAGCAAGCGGAGAACGGGAAGACGGAGCUGUCGCUGAUGCACUUUGCCAUCACUAACCCGCGCUGGCAGCCGCCGCCGCCCAGUGAGCUGUUCCUCAGCCAGCUGAAGGAGAAGGUGCAGCAGGACGCUGCUGCCGCGCCGCCUGCCCCCCGCAUCCUGUCCGAGGGGCCGCUCGGCGCCUCGCUCCUCUCCGACGACUCGGCGGUGCCGCCGGACGGUUUGCUGGCCAGUGUCCUGGCCCGGCCCAUCCUCUCGGCCAGCGGGUUGGUGUCCCGGGACCGGCGCUUCGCUCAGCCCUGCAGCACCGCCAGUGCCGCCGCCAGCAUCCUGGCAUCGCUGGCAUCCCCCCUGCCCGGCCGAGCCCGGGGCCCCACCGACAGCCCCAGCGACCCACGGCUCCCCGAGGAGAGCCUGCUCCUGAGCGAGUCGCGGCUCCGCAGCCUCAGCCGCUCCGCGCUGCUCUCCGAGGUGGCCUCAGCUGAGAUGAGCCUUCAUGCCAUCUACCUGCACGAGCUCCACCAGCAGCAGCAGCAGGGCCCUGGGCCCCAGGCCAUGGGAGUGUGGGUGGCUACGGGGGCACCUGCACCUCCCUGCCCCAUGACCGCAGGCUCGGCUGCCAGGGCCUCGCAGGCUCAGCACCGCGACAUGCCGCUGGGCGGAUGGGCCGAGGAAGAGGAGGAGGAGGAGGAGGAAGAGCAGAUAACAAUGAGCUAGCCAACCUUGGCUUCGGUGUGUGAGGCCAUGGUGGGUCGGUGAUGUGGCUGGGACAAUGGCGCUGGUGCCAACGCUCGGCAGCAUCGGUGCUUCCCACCAGAGCUGCUCAUGGCCCCGUUUCCUCCGCAGGGUCCUGGGGGAGCCCAGAGCUCCUGGCGCGGCUGGGCAUGGUGGCGGGAGAGCUGCCACGAGGCACUGGCUGGGAGCGGGCGCAGCAGGGGGCUCACUGCUGCCCGGGGGCUGGAGCAUGGGGGGGUCUGCGGGGUGCUACUGCCCGUGUGGGCCCCCUGCCCGGGUGCGGGGUCUCACUGGCGGCCUCACUGGGAACCCCGCUGCGCUGCAGGGCCGAGGGGGCUACCAGGGGCAGCCAGCCCCACCAGGUGCUAUGUUUAUGGGGGGAUCAGAGAAUGCCUGGGCUGCUCCUUCCCGGGGCUGGUGCUGUCCCUGCUCUCGCUGCCUGUGCGGGCUGCUGCCCAUCACAGCACCUUGUCCCGGGCACCGGCUGCACCGAGCUGCCGUGGAAAAUAAAGGUUUAC